AUGCCGAAGCUUCCAGCCACGGAGCAGUUCCCCAUGCGGAGGCAAGAGUUUGCGGUAUACACGCUGUCCUUGCGUAUGGGGACGCCACGUGCCCCAUCCACGAAAGACGAGGCCUCGGCCAGAGAGCCGCAACAGCGUGGCCCAACAUUUGCACGCUUUCCGCGGGACAUGCCGACGAAGGGCGUGCCAGGUUACCUGGGAUUCAGACCGGGCGGUGCCGAUGGGGCCUUUGCCGUGGGUACACCCUUCGACGAAACUGCAGCCUUGUCGGCGAGAAGGCAUAUGCUCCAUCGGCCACACACGUCGGGCCCGGCUUACGGAUGGACAGGGCAGCUCUCAAAGUUUCGUGGGACUUAG